AUGGGCAUCCGACUCCAACAUUGGAUUGAGGCGGAUCCCCAUUUCAGGCGAUCAGAGGCUCUGUCUCGGCGGCGGUUUGUCUUAUCCCAUCCUAUUCUGAGACGUUACUACCUGGGUGAGCGAGUGGACUUCCAGGUUAGGGGCUGCGGCUCCGUUCCUCUUCCUCCCCCAAAGGACAUGCGAGCGGGCAAACAGAUGGUUCUUACAGAUGUCCAUACUGAGGGUAUCCCGCACAUGGAAUUGAUCCGGGGUGGAGAUUAUGACGAAUUCUGCCAGGUGUUUCUGAUGCGGCCCAUCGGCUCCAGGUUUGACAGUCUCCCGAGGUCGACUCCUUCCCAUCCGCUUGGCACCCGUUCCUCUCGGGCUUCAGGUUCUUCGGCCAGGACUCCAAGGAGGAGGCCUGUGACCCUGCCUUCUUCUUUUACUCCGGUGGAGGGUCCGUCUCGAGCUGGCCCUAGUCAUUCGGUCGGUGCCUUCAGGAUUCCCCAGGCCAUUUCAAAGGCUACCAGGCCUGUCCACCCGGGCUUGGCCAAUUUGCACCUUCCAUACAGCAUUUCCUAUUACACUCCUGAGGGUACUUCGUCUCUUAGGGAAGUAUCCUUGGACCGUGUGAAUUGCCUGGCUCUUCCUCCUGAUGACAUCAAUGAGGUAAUGACUGGUAAAUUUCUCAUAAAAAGGAUUCAUAAGAGAUUUGUAUAUUGACUUUGUAUUUUUUUGUGAUUCCCAGGUUCCUGACGGCUUGAUCCGUCAGAUGAUGGAGCUAAUCCUUGGAAUGCAGGAGGAACUAACUUCAGCUUGGACAUUGCAGGCUUUUGACGACCAGAGGAGGAGGAGGUCUCGCCGCUGAUAGCUGCUAGAUUUCUUUGCUUUCCUUUACUUUCUUU